AUGUCUGAUUCGCUUGAAACGCACAUCAAUUUGCUGGUUGCAGACUAUCUCCGAUCUAAGGGACUUAUCCGGACGGUGGAGACGUUCGAGCAGGAGACUAACAGGCCUCUACUGCACAAUGUGUCCAAGCUGGACGAGAACCUGGUGAGCAUUGUGACUGAUCGUGUUGACUUUUUGAGGUUGAAGGAGAAGUACUCAAGUGAUGACAAUUUUGAGCGUGUAUAUACACCGCAGCAACUGGCAUUAAUCAAGAGGAGCAACUUGAAGCUGUCAAAUUGGACACCUGUCGUUCCCAAGAAUAGAUCUAUACUGCAUAUUGCUGGAAACAACAAGUCUCUUAUAAUCAACUCCUCUUAUUGGAAAUUUGGCGAAUCCAAUCUCGGAGUGUUCAUAAAUAGUGAAAAAUCUCUUUUUCUGGUGGAUCUGAAUUCCGAAGAGGUUAUUUUCUCCGUGGCAAAGCACCAUGGCACUUCUAACAUCAAACUGGCUAUUGGAAUUCCCGAAAGUGAUGUGGUGUUGACCUUUGGAAUGAACGGUACUGUGUUUGUGAACAAAUUUGAAAACAACAUGUUUACUGUUCUACAGGAGUUGGUGUUACAUGCCAGGCUUAUAUCUGAUGCCAAAUAUCUGCCAAUAGAUGAAAAAUCGGGCUACAUCUGUUCUAUUGGCUGGGACUUCAAAGUGAAGGUAACCAAAAUCGAGAUAGGCCCGUCCACUAAGCUCACCCAUAUUGGAGAAUACAAAUUGAUGACCAACGCAUCAUGCUUAGAAUGUUUUUGGUUCAAAGAGAGCGCUUUUGUUGCAGUAGGAAGGUUGGAGACAUCUACGUUAUCGUUGAUUUUAAUAGAGCAGGAGAGAAUAGUGGAGCUGGCGAAACUGCCAUUAAAUGACUCCGAAUUCUCGAACCAUUCGUUCCAGCCGAUGUCAAUGGUUCAGUUUCAAGAGGGGGAUAACCAUUUACUUUCAAUUGCUACGAAUCACGUUCCUUUCAUGAGAAUCAUCACCAUCAUCCUACCCAACCUGGACACCCUUUUAGAGGAAGCACCCGGUCUGCCCACGUCCACUGAACAAUUGUUCACGUCAAGCGUUCCGAUGCUGCGAGACAUUAUCGUUUCCAAUCUCAACAGUUUCUCUCCCCAAGAUAAAUAUUCCUCGGCCCAAAUCCUCAAACGGCCCGUUCCCAACCAGGGCCUGUGGAUUGUGGGAGAUGAUGGUAAAAUCCGGGGAAUGGACCUCAAGUCUGGGGAGAUUGUAAAGGAGGAGGAUACCCACGAAGGAAGAAUAAAAUCAAGCUUUGUGGGUUCGGACGAUAUUAAUCCAGAGAUAUUAGUCACGAGUGGAGCCGUCGAUAGAAGAGUAGUAAUAUUUCGUUAA